GACAGCCGGGCACCGGCACCAAGCACCGGCACCGGCACCCGGCACCAGGAACCGGCACCGGCAUCAGCCCCGGCACAGCGCACGGGGCAGCGGCACCAACACCGGACGGCGGCACCGGACACCGACACGGGCACCGGACAGCAGCAGUGAGGAAGUAGAGAUCCCGGCUCCAGCCCAGGAAGCCAUCGGGGAAGUUCACACAGUCUCUAGUGGGCUUUGUGUUGUGGCCCCCCAGACACAGCAGGCCGGUGGAGACCAUCAGAACCUCUCUGAUCUCCCGGGGAAACCAAGGCAUCCAGGCAGCUGUCUGCGCAAGCCACCAGCCACCACUGCCAUCACCCAGCAGGAGCAGCAGCCAUGGAUGAAGUGACGGAGCUGGAGCUGGGGGGCAACUCGCUCCUGAAGGCCGUGUGGCUCGGCCGGCUCCGGUUGACCCGGCUGCUGCUGGAAGGGGGGGCUUACAUCAACGAGAGCAAUGAGAAGGGGGAGACUGCCCUGAUGGUGGCCUGCAUCACCACACACGUCGACCAGCAGAGCAUCCACAAGGCCAAGAUGGUGAAGUACUUGCUGGACAACAGAGCUGAUCCCAACAUCCAGGACAAGUCUGGGAAAACCGCCCUCAUGCAUGCCUGUAUCCGUGGGGCUGGGGGAGAUGUGGUGUCCCUGCUGCUGGAGAGUGGGGCAGACCCCAGCCUGGAAGACCACUCGGGAGCCUCAGCACUGGUCCACGCUAUCAACGCUGAAGACAAGGCUGUGCUGCAGCACCUCCUGAAUGCCUGCAGAGCCAAAGGGAAGGAGGUGAUCAUCAUCACCAUGGACACAUCAGCCUCUGGCACCAAGACUGCCAAGCAGUACCUGAACGUUGCCCCUGCGCUGGAGUUCAAGGAGAGGCCUCCCUCGGAGGAGGGUGCAGCCCCCUCCAGUACUCACCUGAAAAAUCCCAUCUCAGCACCUUCCCCUGCUGAGAAGGAGAGCAGCAUUCUCACCCCACACCCUUCAAACACUGGGGACACUGAGCCACCCUCCCCGGGCCAGAGAGCUGCCCGGAGAGCCCACCUGCCCCGACUGAAGCGACUGCGGUCAGAGCCAUGGGGUCUGGUGGCACCCUCUGUGCUGGCGGCCUCUGCGCACCGCGAUGACACGCGGGUCUGCACUGACAACGAGGUCAUCACGGGCAUCAGUGACCUCUCGCUCUCCAAAAAGCCCUCCCUCACCCGGAGCAGCAGCAGCAAGGGAAGGGACCCCUCUCUCUUCCCCCCAGUGGAUGAGCAGGCACUGGGGCCACUGGCUUGGAAAGCCACCCACGAGAAGAGCCCAAGCACCCACCCAUGCCUGCCCCGGAGCAUCACGGUCCCAGAGGAGCCAGAGAGCACCAGCUCAGCCACCAGCUCACCUGCAGGGAUGGAAACUCCACACUGGUGGAGGACAGGCACUGAACACAACGGAGAUUCCCAGGUCACCGAGGUGGGGAAGGGGCCAUCAGAGAGGAGGAAGCUGAGCGGGUCCCACCUGGCCUUGCUGGAUGGUUCCUGUGAGUCUCCCUCCGGCAGCGCCAGCACAUCGCCCAGCACUGGCCGGCGCCGGCCACCCAGCUUGCUGGAGAGGCGAGGAUCCGGGACCCUGCUGCUGGACCACAUCUCCCACACAAGACCAGGAUAUCUGCCCCCCCUGAACGUGAACCCCAACCCCCCGAUUCCUGACAUUGGCUCCAGCAAAGCCUUCUCCCCGCUGGCUGCUGGGCUGAAGCCCCUGGUGCCACUCACGCCCAGCUCACCCAGGCGGGGUGAUCUGAGAGCCCACAGGAAGCUUCUCCGCAGACAUUCCAUGCAGGCAGAGCAGAUGCGGCACCUCUCCGAUUUCGAGGAGGUCGUGGCACAGUAGCCAUGUCACCAUUUGUUCACAGGGAGGUGGCCAAAGCCGUGCUGUCCCUGCAGAAACGGGACGGUUCCCACACAGAGUGGGCACUGGCUCCGGGGACACACUGGUGGCCAGGGGGUUCAGCCCUGAGCCCAGGGGCUGAAUCGGGAGCGACCACCUGGGAGAUCGAUCCCACACCAUCCUAGAUCGCAAAGCUCCGUGCCAAGGAUCCCACCUGCAGUUCACUUAUUCCUCACUAGUUGCAAUCCGCUUUUCUUCCAUCAUGCUCGUUCUCUCACCGAAUCCCCUCCCGGACCCUCGGUGGUGAUCUCUGGGGCUGAGGCGUUCAUGAAGUGCCUUCCAGGAAGGGAAGGGGCUCAGUACUGCGGGGGCUAGAGGAGCGGGAACACCGCUCCAGCCACGGACCGUGUCGGUGCUCUCCUGGAGCGGGAGAGGGAGACAAUCCUUCACCUCCGAGACUCCCGAACGCUCCGGAUCUCCGGCGGCUGAGCUCACCCGGCAC